AUGGCGGUCCUUUUGGCGGGUGUUGGCAACCUUAGAAAUGUCAUGGCCACGGUAGCUGGACUGAAGAAGUCUUUCAACGGAAGUAUUCGCUUUGCCCAGAACGACUCGGACCCACAGAUAAUGGCCAGGAAUGUGUUCUUCCUAUCCUUCCUGUGGAAGUACAGACAAGAUGGGGAGGUCGCCCGGAAGCUGACACAGAUUUGGUACUCGGUGAAGAUCGCGGAGGAAGAGGCCGUAAUGGCACAGGAGUGUCUGCGGGAACUGUUGUUACUCACUGAAGAUUCCGGCACCCUGUGUGGCGGAAGACUAACCAUGGCAGCAGACCAAGUGCCUCAGAUUCGGACAGUGUUUGAACUGUGGCUGUCUCUUCUUUCAGGAGAACGGAGGCUACAGACAACCCCACAAGAACAGCUCCGUCGAAUCUAUCAGAGGAAUGCAGAUGCGACAGCAGUAUUCGGUACAUGCAACCCGUUCUCGGUGCUUCCUUUGUACGAAAAUGCCACAAAGGACCUGCAAAAUGAGCCAGACUGGACAAAUCACCGAAAUCGCGAAGAAAUAGUAUUCAAAUCAGGAGCCACAGCUAUAAUAGAAUAUUUCGACAACUGGGAUGCGUUUACUCAGUACCUGCGUGCUGCGCUUCUAGCACACAGGUGUCCUGAGUCCUCCCACCCCGUUCUCACACGGAAGGACGUACCCAAGAUGUCCGAGGUCAGCAACAACAGUGGGAUGAAGAUGCGGAACUUCCUGAGGGAGCUAAACACAGUCUUGCCCUUCCGGUAUCGCAUCAAUGUACGUAGGGUCAAUCUACGUAGCGGACAUAAGCGUGCGUUGGAGUGGACAUUGGCAGACAGUUCAGGUCAGGGCACUACUGAUGUCUAA